AUGUCAUUGAUGAAAAUACUGAAGAGAAUCUUCAUGCUAGGAUUUCAAGUGCAAAAGGAGUUGGGGCCUGAUGGUCUUGUUAUUAUUGGUGUCCAUUCAGCAAAGUUUCCAAAUGAAAAAGCUCUGGAUAGCAUUAAGAGUGCAGUUUUGAGGUACGAUAUUGUCCACCCUGUAGUGAACGAUGCAGAUGCAACACUGUGGCAUGAACUAGAAGUGUCCUGCUGGCCAACUCUGGUCAUUCUUGGGCCUCGUGGAAACAUGCUGUUUUCGCUUGUUGGAGAAGGGCACAAAGAGAAGUUGUUUUUAUUUACUUCAAUAACACUGAAAUUCUACAAGGAGAGAGGACAAAUUAAAGAUAACAAUAUUGGAAUAAAGCUAUACAAAGACUCCCUCCCACCUUCUCCCCUGCUGUUUCCUGGCAAAGUGACAGUAGAUAAAUCAGGAGAAAGGCUGGUGAUAGCAGACACUGGACAUCACAGGAUUUUGGUCACUCUGAAAAAUGGGCAAAUUCUACACACUAUUGGAGGUCCAAAUAGUGGAAGAAAAGAUGGAAGAUUUUCAGAGGCAGCUUUCAACUCACCACAAGGUGUUGCUAUAAAAAAUAAUGUUAUUUACGUAGCUGAUACAGAAAAUCAUCUAAUUAGAAAGAUUGACCUGGAUUUAGAGAUUGUGACCACUGUAGCAGGCAUUGGGAUACAAGGUGUUGAUAAAGAAGGUGGAGCAAAAGGAGAAGAACAGCCUAUCAGCUCUCCAUGGGAUGUGGUCUUGGGAAAUUCAGUUGCAGGGACGGAGGAAGACGAUGUUUUAUGGAUAGCAAUGGCAGGCAUUCAUCAGGUGUGGGCACUGAUGUUGGAAGGUGGAAAACUUCCAAAGGGAAGUGAUUUAAAGAAAGGAGUCUGUCUUCGAUUUGCUGGGAGUGGAAAUGAAGAGAACAGAAACAAUGCGUACCCUCAUAAGGCCGGCUUUGCUCAGCCUUCUGGACUCUCUCUGGCUUCUGAAGAACCAUGGAACUGCCUUUUUGUAGCAGAUAGUGAGAGCAGCACUGUGCGAAUGAUCUCUCUGAAAGAUGGAGCUGUGAAGCACCUUGUAGGAGGAGAGAGAGAUCCAUUGAAUUUGUUUGCCUUUGGUGAUGUGGAUGGAGCAGGCAUAAAUGCCAAGCUGCAGCAUCCCCUAGGAAUAACAUGGGACAAGAAAAGAAAGCUGCUAUAUGUGGCGGAUUCCUAUAAUCAUAAGAUUAAGGUUGUAGAUCCCAAAAUGAAGAAUUGUGCUACCCUGGCAGGCACAGGAGAAGCAAGCAAUGUUGUUGGCUCCAGCUUUACACAGUCGACUUUUAAUGAACCAGGAGGUUUGUGCAUAGAAGAAAAUGGCCGUUUGAUGUAUGUUGCAGACACAAAUAAUCACCAGAUUAAAGUGCUGGAUUUGGAAACCAAAAUUCUGUCCAUGUUGCCUAUCCUGAAUCCAGAAACCUGCGAUGUUACAGAUCACCUGGCUACGCAAAAGGACCAAAUUGCAAACCUUCCAAAACUGCCUAAAUCUGCUCCAAACAUUCAGCUUCCUUCACUGAGUGCAGCUCCCGGUCAGACCAUUCAGUUUCUAUUGAAGUUGACUCUCCCUCCAGAUUCAAAAUUGAACGAAGAAGCACCUAAUGCUUGGUUUAUCACAGCAGAAGAUAAUAAUACAUGGCUGCUUCAAGGACAGUAUCUGUCUGGAGAAAUUAAGGAUGUUUCCUGUCAAACUGUCAUUCCCUUUCAGCUACCAAGAGUCUGUCUAUCAGCUGAAGCUGUCCUGGCUAUCAAAGCGUGCCUCUACUAUUGCAGUAAAGAUAGCAGUGCCUGCAUGAUGAAAGGAAUCUCAUUCAAUCAGCCUUUACAGAUAGGAAGUACAAACCAAGGCAGCUUGACUCAAGUUGAACUAACACAUUCAUUUAUAACUAACUAGUGCUUGGUAAAAUGAAGUAUAGUUUCUUAGUUUAAUGGGAAAAUUCGUAAUCUGAACCUCAUUUCUUUUCAUUACAGUAGCAGCAAUGGUAUUGUAAUGCUCUAGACACUGUUGCCAAUUGUGAAUAUAUGGGACGUGCACCAUUCUAAGGAAUGAGCAACAAGUCCUUUUGAAAGAGCUAAUACUGCUUUGUGAUGUUACUGUAAGAAGUUCUUUGUGUUGUACAUUGGAUUACUUCAGACUAACAGUGACUGAUUCCUUUUGUGCCCUUAAAUUUUAAGAGAAUGUCAGAACUAAUGGUUCCUUUCUCAAGGCUGCAAAAGAAGCAUCUUGCUUGUUUUUCUGAACAGCAUCUAUGGCACAUGUGUUUUGAAAAUAUAUCUUAAAAGUGUAGCUCUAAUAGUAUUUAAGCUGAUUGUUUUGCUUAACUCUGUCUGACUGCCUUAUAUGAAGAGAGCAGCUUCAUGGAAAAAUUCCUGUGACAGGAAGUGUUUAAGUUUCUCCAAAAAAAAAUCACACUCAUUUCUAACAAAGAAUGUGCCUCUCUGAUGUAUAUUUGUAAAAAAAAAAAAAAAAAAUCAUAAAACCAUGCUGGAAUCUUUCUAAUAUGUACUGACUUACAUUUUAUGGUAAGUGAUAAAAAAUGUUUGAUUAUCUAAACUGCAAAAAUUAAAUGUCAACCAUUUCAAGCAAGUGAAUCACUUUCUCACUUUUAAAAUUUCAAUGUAAAACACUGACUGAAGACUUCUUUCUUGCAAACUUAAAAUAUUUAGUGUAAUACUGCCUUCUUGAAGUCCAGUUCAGAGUUUUUUGAAGUCACUGUUUGUCCACACACUCAUUUGUUAUGAUGGCCUCUGAAUCAGAGCUGUGCAUGUGAUAAUAUCAUGUCUAGAGGUUCUGACAUUUCGCUAGAGAACUGGUGAUUUCAUCUUCGAGCAAAAUGCUUUGAAGCUGUGCUCCAGAACUCUGCCUUUGGUGCUUAAAUGUUUUGCAAAAAAAAUUUGAUCAAUUUGCCAUAGCAAGUACCAAGAAUACAGGAGGAUGUGUGAGUGUCUUACCCAAAUUGGAAGGAUUUCCACAGUGCUUAAUUGGCAGCUGGAUUAGGGUCAGUGUUUUGAUUAUGAGGAUCAGUUCUGAGAUGAUGAAUUUGUUUGUAAGUUGGAAGGGAGAUAGUUAUUUUUGCAUAUAGAAUGAAGUGUGGUCAUGGAAGAAUUUUCAUGUGGCAUUUUCUAAAGCAGUCAUCAUGGUUCCUGACACCUGUCAGUAAUUCCCCAGCAUGAUCUGUUGUUGAUCUUUCUUAAAAACUGACUGACAUCUUGGUCAUAAGUCGAGGGACUUUUCCUUAGGGGGACUGGUAUGCUUUUUCCUUCUGUUGAAGUGCCAGCCUAUCUGUGAGUUCUCUGUAGUAGAAAUGGUGAUUAUCUCACCACCUGUCAGCAAGGCAAGGACUGAGCUAUUACUUCUCUUGUGUUUCUUCUGUUUGUUUGCUUUUUUAGAGCCAUGCUUUCUAAUUCAGUCCUCCAGUUCCUUUGGGCAAUCCUCACAAUCUCAUAUGCCAUUCUGAAGAAGGAUAGAGCUUUGCUACAUUGUUCAGAGAUUGCAGAUGCCUUGGAAGGAAGAAGCUGAAGAAAUUGAUUGGUGCAUUUAACAUUUCUUACAUUUUAUUGCAACUCCUUCAGAUUUCUUUUGGUGUUUAUCUAACUUCAGAUGGUAACCAGGAAACCUUAGCUCAGCUUCCAGCUACAUCACAGUUUUUCUGCUGCUCACUUAAAAAACCCAAGUGUUAGUUUCAGAAGUUUAGAAUAACAAAUCAAACUCUUAAAGUUACCUUGAGAAUGUAACUCAGCAGAUAGACCAAUAUAAUAUAAUUUUAAUUGGAAAUCAGAGAAAAAAAAAUUCAGUUGAACAAGAUCAUAAAAUUCUGCCUUCUAUUCUCAAACUCAGGAAAAAAAGCUGCACAAAUGCAAUCUAAAUCACAUUUUUUUAAUUAUAAUAUUAAAUUAGGGAAAGGCCAUGCAUUCUUAACUUUAUUUAAGUUCAGUGUGUGAUGUUGAAAUACAGUAUUGCAGAUAUGUUUUCUAUCUAAAUAUGCAUCUAUCAACUUGUGCUUAAGGGUCUUAUGUUUUUUGUUUUCAGGAUUCCCCUUCUAGUUACUGUUGUAGUAGGCACAUUCAGAACCACUGUAAACUUAAUGGAAAUGAGAGGUAGUAGAUACUGGGAAAACUGGAUGUCCAGCUAACAUCCAGGCUCAGACUUUAAAGGACCUUUAAGUAUUUAGUCAUAGCCAAAUUUUAAAUAAUUGUAUUUCAAGGAAAACGCUAGGAAUAUGUGAUUGAUUGUUUUAUUUCUCUUUUAAGUUGAUGUCUUGCAGCAAUUGAGUGAAUCCUAUAUAAACAAGGAGUGCAUCCAACACAAACUAGGGACAUACCAAAUUCAUGCCAUUGUUAGUACAUUCCCUGUUACUGCAGUGCAAUGACUGUGCUAAAAAAGGCAGAAGGUGUGUGAGACCAUCUCAAAAAUACACUUGUCUUGUUAUUUACAAAGAAAAGAUGGAUGUCACAAAAUGCUUUUCCCGCCUGCAUCCUGUAAGUCCUAAACCCCUUUAGAGUAAAGGCGAGACCUUCUUACCCUGAUGUCUUCAUGGCUAUCACACAGGGACACUGCUAUAUAAUUCUCCUUUGUUGUCUUACGAGCAGCUGAUUAUCAGCAUGUUCCAGCUCUCCCUGAUGAAGUUACUGGGGUUUUUCUGAUCCUCGCUCACUCUGCGUGUUCUCUAUGACUGGCAUCUACCACAUUAAGCCUGACAUUAUUUUGUUUGUCCAGGAAAUAGCAUACAAACUCACUGAGUCCCUACUUAUGUUUCACUCAUAGCAUCAGCUGAACAGACAUUUGAACACUAUAAUUAGCAUAACAUGCUUUUUAAGAGCUUAUGUUGUUUACUUUUAUCCUGCAAAAGGGAUGCUGUUUCCAUUGCUUUCUCCAGGUACAGGGUGCUGUUACACUAAAGCAACAAGUGCCCUGGAUGUAACCAGACAGGGAAACAGAACAGCUUGUACAAGCAGCAGAAAUUUCAGUUCAGUUACCAGAAAGCAUCCUUAAAAUAUUAUUUAAAAAAAUAGGAUAUUUGAUUUCUGUCUCUAAAUACUGAAAAAUCAGAUGGCUGCUAUCUCUUUAUAUGGCAGCUUAGCUUGUAGUAUUUCCUGAUAUAAAAACUGUAAAUUACCAGUAGUUUGGUAUGGCUCAGCACUCCCAGAUUUUGAACAAGUGACAGUAUGUAAUUCAAAGCCUUUUCACAUUGUGUUUUCUCACUGACUUUAAUAGGUUUUGCAUCAGACCUUAACAAAGUUGUAAAUUACUGUAGCAAAUCUCUAAAGAAUAUUGGUCAUGCUUGCAUUCUACAAUAGAAACAAGUUCUGAGGCUUUUGCAGUUUUUAGUUCUAGGGUUUGCUUUCCUAGAACAGCUUUUGUCUGUGAAUGAAUAUGUUAAAAUUUCCAGGAGAUGUUUGUAUUUAAUUACAGUUUUAAUUUCACUAGGAGAAAGAUAAUGUCAUUUCAGAGAAGGAGAGUAAUGUCUUCUCAAAGCUUUUCACAUUGUUUGAAUUCAAUAACAUCUCUCUGUAGUUUGUUCCCCUCCAUUGAAAGAAGAGGAGGAAUGCUGACUGCCUAACUCUGUUACUGAUGGGCAUGCAUUCUACGUUCAUUCUUUUUUGUGUUAGAUUCUCUCAUGCCUUUUUGGGUUUUUCUACUGGUGCACCCCUUCAUAGUUCACGUUUUGCCUCAUGUCUUCCACUUGUAGGGCAUCGUGCUCAUGUAAUGCUGUGGUAGUGUGAUACAAGCGAGUCCAGACCAGAUGAGUAAUACAUGAGAGAGUAGUUUACAGAGUCAUGUGAAUGCCUGAUCUGCUUAGUCUGAGAAAAGGCAUGUUUAUAUAUUCUCAAUCCACUUGUUUUACUCUAAUGAACAAAUCUUGUCAUUCAAACCAUGGAAAAACUACAUUUUGCCAGAGCAUCAAGAAAAAACUUAUUCCUAAUCUCUUGCUUACAGGAGGGAGAUGAUCAGAAUGAAGUGACAGGGGCAUGUCUUUCUGCUCCUUCAAUUUUUGGCUAUUAAUUUUAGUAAAGAGUGUUGUACUCUUGGCCACAGGUUCAAAUUAUCUUGAAUUUUUGAUUCCUAACAAGGUUUCCUAUAUACAUGAAAGCCUUAAAUGUUUGGCUUUGUAGAGUAAUUAAUCAUAUAUCUAGUUUUAAAUGGCUUACACUUCAGCAGAAAACAGCAGAGAUUUAUGUACAUUCUUAUGGUCUACAAUUUCUGAAAAUUACUGUUGCUCUUUACCUCAGUGACACUUGCAGCUACGCUUACACAGAAGGUGUUUAUAGAUUGUGUGUCGCAAGUCAAAAGUUUUCUUCUUUGUAUAAUUUAUGAGAGAUGCUGUAACUGGUUGUGUGUGUGUUUAUGUGUCCUCCAGGCUGCGACUGUUCUGACUGAGAAAAAUGUACCAUGCAUAGCAGCUUAUCACCCACCCUUCUUGAUGGUAACUGUGCACUGAAAUCUACUAGAUCAGUUAUAAAAUCUGUUCAGAUAACUGAUUUAUGUUAGCAGAAAUCUAGUAGUCAGAAUUAAUGAUGAUUUAAAUUGGAAAAAGUUUGUCAGAGAUUUAAUGAGCUUCUCUGUCUCCAGCUGGGAAGGUGUCAGAGUGCUAAUAGUUACUUAUACACAAUCAUUGCAAAAGUGAGCCCUGGUUAUUUUUUUAAGUGGACUGCCAAAUUUGUCUUUGUGUUGUAUAGCAGAUCAUGAAUUUAGAAAUAAUAUUUCUAAUAUUUUACAUUCCAUUUUACUCAUAUAACAAAGUUUGACUACUCUCAUCCAUCAGAACCAGCUGUUCCUAUAUGUUGCAGAUGUUGUUGCAUAAAAUCAUUUACUCUUCUUAAGGAUUAAGAUUCAUUCUUACUAAGUAUUCAGUGUAGCUAUGCAUGACUUGAGUUUCUGGCUUAUUUUACUUUCUUUUGUCACAAUAUUAUGGGAGGUAUUCAUUAUGUUUUUUGUGUCUGUCUUUUCCUCCAGUAGUUUCCCCAAGAAUGAAAUACAGCCAAUAUUUUGUUUCCAUAGACGGAUCCAACACAGAUAAUUCCCUUUCCCAACCCCUUGCUCCUCCCCUACUUGUUCAGUGAACUGCUUUGUUGGUCCAUUGCUUUCAGGCACACCAGAGAACAUAUUGUCCAGCUGCAGUACUUAGGGGUAAGCAAAGGAACUUGAAGAAUUUGACAAUUUUGAGCUAAAGAAAUGAUGCUUGUAGAAAUGUGUUCAUAAGUCUAUCUUUGCUCAGUGCUGUGUACUCAACAUGCCUCAGGAGAGCAAUGUUCCACAGUGUGUAUUUCUCUUUUUGACUAAAUAUUUAGAAACUCAGCCCAUCUCAUAGAAUCAUAGAAUGGUUUGGGUUGGAAGGGACCUUUAAGAUCAUCCAGUUCCACCCCCCUGCUGUAGGCAGGGACACCUCCCUGUAGACCAGGUUGCUCACAGCCCCAUCCAGCCUGGCCUUGAAUGCUUCCAGGGAGGGGGCAUCCACAGCCUCACUCGGCAACCUGUUCCAGCAUCGUCUCUGUCAGGCGUAAUAACAUGGAAUAGAAGUAUUCCUAAUUUAGUCUUAAGUUUUGAAGAACAAAAUCUUUUUUAAGCUUUUGAUGAAACUGAAAUCCAUGUUUUAAAACCAUCCAUUCAAGGAAUGUGUCCUGAGGGUCAAGUUGGUUGUUAGGAAAAGGUUCUUCAGCAGAAGGUGGUCAGGCUUAGAACAGACUCCCCAGGGCAGUGGGCACAACCCUGAGCUGCCAGAACUCGAGGAGCAUUUGGACUGCGCUCUCAGACUUGGGUUUGGAUUUUGGGUGGUCCUGUCAGGAUGAUCCACUUCCAACUUGGGAUAUUCUGUGAUUUUGCAACAGAAUUGCUGAAUAUUUUUGUAUUCUGAGUAUUUAACUUCACAUGUAUCCAAUCUCACUUUUAGAGAAGAACAAGUGAUUUAAAUCUUUCUCUUCUAUAUAUGAUGAGGUAGUUGAAAAACUGCAGCAAGGUGAAAUUCGGGCUCCCCAGGGAUAGCAGCAAGUAUCUCCUGGGAAGAAGUUCAGCCCAGUGUGACAGAAAUGCUGUGCUUUCAUUGCAUCAAGAUGACUAAAGGAAAAAAAUCAGUGCCUUGAAUGAAAAUACUUGAAAGUGUGUCUUCAUAGAAAUGAUGAGUACUGAAUGAAAUAAGGUAUUUAUUUGACCUUCUUGAUUCGUGAGUUUGGGUUUUGGUUUUUGUUGUUUUUUAAGUCUGCUAAUUCUGAAACUGUAGAGACUGGUUUUCCUCCACUGUUACAUUUUUUGAAUUAAGCUGAAGUGAGGGUGCUUUUUGUUCAAGCUACUCUUAUGAAGUACUUUACUCUCAAGUCUUUUUCUCAAUCUUGUGAACAUACUUCUGAAACUGUUUUUAACUGUGCAUGAGAGAUAGGAGUAAACUUGGCAGGGUGAUUUCAAACGUCUUGCAGAAAUUGCAAGUGAGCUGGAGGGCAGAACUUUCAAUGGGCAAGGAUGGUAGUUCUUGAUAUUUUAGGGGCAGGGUUUGGGUCUUCCGGGUUUUAUGUUGGGUUUUGUUUGUCUUUCCCCCUCUUCUUACAGAUCAGCAAAGAUAAGUUAAAUGUCAGAGGUCUGUGUGUAGAGGCAGGUACUCUCACUGUGAAACCAUAUCACUUCAUUUAGAUUCUGAUGUUGGGAUAUCUUCACAUUCCAGCGGUAGAACAGUAGCAGAGAAAGUCACAGUCAAGCACUUAACACCUUAAUAAAUGUCUCUGUCUUCUUUAGGUGGAAAGAUGGGGAUUGUAUUAUCUUCCUCGAGAACUUCAGUAUGGCUUUGAGGACAUGGGAGUAUUUUUGUCUCUUCUUUGGGAUACUAAACUUCUGUUUUUGCAUUGUGUGUGUUGCAAAGCCUUUCAAAUAUUUGGACAUUUAAAAGAUAUGUUCUGUAUUUGUUGCUGCAAAGUAUGGGAAGAGUUAAAAUUGAAGGCACUUCAUCUACAGCUUAUGUAGAUUGUGGAGAUUCUUCACAUACAGCAUUGCCUAAUUGAGUUCUUAACAAUAUUCAUGGAUGAUGAUCCUUUUUAAGUAAAAGGUAAAGGUCCUGUAAUAUUAGGAGAACAAAUAAGUACACCGUAGAGGAAAUGUCAGCCUCAGAUUUCAAUAAGAAAAUAAACAGCUACUGAAGAAUGUAUUCUUUCUCCUGUGAAACCUCUUUCUCCUUGUAAAGUUUUUUUCACUGAAAAAUAAACAUUAAAAAUUUUAUCUUU